GCCAGCAGAACAUUGACUUAUCAUUUUAGUUACGGCAGUUAUUGUUCAUCAUUUGUUCAUAUACAGACAGCCGCACCUUUAUCACCGUUACGGCUACUUAUUCAAGUCAUGCUGUGUAGGAACAACAUCACAAUAAAAAGUGACAAACAUCAAAACAUUGUCUAAAAAUCUACAAAACAUCCGCGUUGUCUAGCCAUGUCUACGGAUGUCACUGCACUUUCUUUGUACCGCGGAAGUUGUUGAUCAAAAUUGCGAAAGACAGUCGGGUACCCCCUGCUUAUCUCACGUGUAACAUGUUAAUGGCUUUUGGGUACAUUUCACCUGCCAGUCAUCGCAUGUGUACAUGUGUUCGAUCAUUUACUCGGGAAUUUGAUGAUUUUCACCAACAAAAAUGUGAAAAACUGUGCUAUUAUAUGAACUACUUUUUAUUUAGGGAACUGAAUAUUUAUAGGAGGUGGAAUCAUGUUUGGCUGUUUGGUUGCUGGCCGUCUGGUUCAGACGGAUAUGCAGCAAGUGGAUCUGACACACUUCGUCUUCAACAUUGAGAACGCGGACGCCGUCAACCACAUCGUCGUCUUUCUGACGGGCACCAUGCCGUUUCCCGAGGGGAUGGGCGGGGCAAUCCACUUCAGCUGGCCGUCACCGGAGGGGGUGGCCUGGCAGUUCUUGGGGUACAUCACCAACGAGAAACCCAGCGCGAUUUUUAAGAUUUCAGGCUUAAAGAAAGGGAACAUUUCCGCCAACAACCCAUUCAUGCAAGCUACCCAGCCCGGUCAACAGAUGAACACCGUGUCACAGAUCGGCAUUGCUGUCGAACCAACGGCUCAGAUAGCCCAGCAGAUACCGGCAAAGAAUACCCAGACGUCCAACGUGAGCAACUUCACGGAGUUCACCACGAAAAUGCUGGAGAAUUUUUACAAUUUCGCCUCCUCGUUCGGCAUCACGCAGGCACAGAUGACGCCCCAGCCAGACGUGAGUUGGGUGCCCCUGACCGUCCUGGACAAGUGGUACGAGACGUUCAAGAGGAAAAUGUCGCAAGACGUCAACUUCUGGAAGAGCUAGCAAGAUCAAACCAGAACAGGAUUUGCAAAACUCAUGGAUUUUGUACGUGCUUGAGGUACCGGGGUCCCUAUGGGCUCCGUGCACAAGUACCCCCUCAACGGCCAUAAAAGGAGAGUUGGGGGAGACCUAGACUGGUUCCUGG